CGCCUCCAUCAGUCGGUUUAUUUCCCUAUAAAUUCCUACCACACCUUUACUCUCUUUGCCAUGCCUCCGCACCUUUAAAGUCCCUUGGUCUAUUCUCUCCUCAACAACCAGCUGUGAUGCAGUUCUCCCAUCUGAAUCUUCAAACGCGUUUGCUCGAGAGCGACGCAGAUUUGUGUGAUGGGAGCUCGACGUUUCCUCGAAGGCGACGCUGAUUUGUAGGAUGGGAGCUCAGGUCAUGAGCUUUCUAUAUUUGUUGCAGAGUUUGCAGGCUGCUGGUCUGGAAGCGGUUGCUACAUCGGUUGGAGAAAACAGGCGAUUGAAACCGGGUGUUCCUGGUUCCAAAUCCGUGAUGCUUUCUGGUAAAUUUUGGGCAAGCAAGGUUCAAAGUUACCAGUUAAUUGGAGAUUCCAGAUUGUACCAGGAUGUAGAAAAAGGAAAAAAUUGUGGUUCAGAAUGCUAUUGUCAAUCUGUUGUCAUCCUGACCUUUGCCAUGGCAGGUGCGCUUGCAUGGCAGGUCACUAUGAUUACUGAAAGAUAAGAUUUUUGGGUUUGGAGGGCGGGGAGAUCGCACGGGGAACAUUUUAUCUUUCAGCCCGGGUUCUCCCCCCUUCCUCGUGUGUGUGUGUGUGUGCGCGUCUUCUCUCAAUUCUCUCAGCAAAUCUCCCAGUUUUGCAAGCGAACCAACUGUUGAUAUGUGUGCCCUUACAUAGACGGAGCGUUCUCAACUCAGGUACAAAUUAUACAGUUUCUGGCUUUUAAUUUGCACUAAUUCACGAUAAAGCAUAUAUUUGUAGCUAAUAUCACCACCUCCCAAGAGGCCCAUAAAAUAAUAAUGAACACCUAUAACGUGCUCACCUUGAAAAAACAGGUAUUAUUGGUAAUUCAAAACACUGUUAGAAGAAUUUAUACCAAUUGAUAGCCGUCAUAUUUUUUGAGGUGUAAUCCUUCUCUUCAAUAAGUAAUAAUUAAUGCAUCCAUUUUACAUAUUGCAGACCUGAUACAUGUUCAUAAUCUCAAAGUUCGAUAAUUUAAAAGGUUUCAGACCAAGUUUUCGUAUAAUGCUGAUUACAGUUGGUUUGUAUGCAUGUCACGAUGACUUGCUACAAUCGCGCGAGUGUCUAACUCCCAAAAUUCGCUUUUAACACUGCAUUUUGAAUUCAGAGGUGGAAUGAUGUGGAAUGUAAGUUUCUGUUUUUUUUCUGGCCAACAAUUUAUUGGUGGUUGGGUUCUGGGUUUGAGCUUAGGUGUUUUCUUUGUAAUUUAUUUUCAAGUUUGUAUUACAUAUUUCCCUUUGUACAGUUUCAAUCUUGUAUUUGCUACCCUAGGAGCUAUGGUUUUUGUUAGCUCAACAACUUUCUUCUGGGUGGUGGAGUUUUGUUUUCUUGAUGGAUAGAUUGGGUACUUCCCACCGAUAUAUUUGUUCGAUACCUAAUAUUCUUGCAUCAGGAUGUAUAUGUGCUCUUUCUCCUGGUGAUACCAGCAUCCAGGCACCAAGUUUCUUAAACUGGAAGCUUACUCUGAAUUGUUGAUGGAAGUGCUCAUCUGAUUCUUUUUUUCGGAUUCGAUCUUGAGCUAAAAUGCGGAGGACAAGAUUUGAGCAUCAUCGGGGAUGAAGGUUUAACACCUUGUCCCUUUUGGAUUGGAAGUUUGUUGAUGUAACCUUGGCUCAUUCUGGCCACCCCAUUUGAUUGGGAAGUUUCACUCAGCUCAUCUGGCUGAGCCCUUCAAAAUGCGUGGCCCUAGGCAAGGAGAGCAAAAUGCUUACCUCUAGGCAAGGAGGUGCAAUGAGUAUUGAUUAUUGAAGCCAACAGUUGUUUAGUAUUUUAUCUCUUAGUGCUUGAUGGAACUUGGAAGCCAACCUUUGUACUACGCGCUGGUUGUAUGUCAUCCAACUCAUUUUUUUGAGCUGAGCUAGCAGCAUGAAGACGGAGUUGUUUUAAGGUGAUCUCUUAACAAAUGCUAUCUAGUAUUUUGCAGUUUUUGCAUC